CAAGUCCACGACGCAACAUCUCUAGUAGUUAGGGUAUAAGCACAAAGCCCAAUAUUUUGGCCUUUCCUUGAAAUGCAGUACCAACUAUCGGACGUAUGUCUUGGCGACAUUGAUAUGUUGGUUCGUCAGUGUGAAUUACCUGCAAUGAGUCGAGACCCGUUAAAGAUGAUUAUGUUCCCUAAUGCGGAUCCAAGUCCCGAAGAGGAAGAGGAAGAAACAAAGUGGUCAAUCGAGUAUCUGCAGGAAAGUUUACAAAACGAUUCUUGCUAUUUCCGGAAAGUGACCGAUAGCUCUGGUUGCUAUGCUGGCUUCGCUAUCUGGACUUUAGACCCGAGCAGUACGGUAACAGGGCACAAGACAAAAUCUACACAGAAGCGGCGCGAGUCAUGGAAUCCUGCAUCACUAGAUGUGAGAGCUUGGAUCGAAGUCUCUAAUCUACUGAGAGAAGAGCGCCAAAGAGUACUGAAUGGUCAACACAAUAUAUGGAGAUUAACUACGAUAUCGGUGACACCCGAGCAUCAAAGACAGGGUGUUGGAUCUAUGCUGAUGCAGUGGGGCUGCGAUAAGGCGGACUCUUGUGGCUGGAAUUCCUUCGUUAUGGCAUCUCCUGAUGGAGUUCCACUAUAUACCAAAUUUGAUUUUAAAGUCGUAGGGCAGGUGCAGAUAAAGCAUGGUGCCUUCACAAGUAUGUUUCGGGAAUCGAGACCUUUUAUAGAGAGGAGCGAUAACAACACUGACAAUUCCAUAAAAUAUUGAAAGGUGAUGAUGUAAAGCAGUUAUUUCUAAAGUUAUAUUACAUAAUUACUUUUGUUUGCGAC